UUCACAUGUGUGGUCAGCAUGGGGAUGUAUAUUUAUGGUCCAACCUAUCCAACCAUUAACGUACACUCCCUGCUUCAUCUUAUUGACGAUUACAAGAAGUGGGGUGUGUUAGACAACAGUUCAGCCUUCAUCUUCGAAAUUUAUCUCGGUUACCUGAAGAAACUUGUGCGGCAUGGGAAGGAGCCACUCAAGCAAGUAGUGGCGAGGCUACAUGAAUCCAGCAGUGCGGAUCAACCAAAAUUGGUUGAUAAACCCAAGGAUCAGGAGUUCUGCUGUAAACCACCAGGAAAUGUCUUCAUCUCCAUUAUGGAUAAUUGUCCUGUCAUCAUCAAGAAGAGGACAAGUAACAUGUACGAGGUCAACGUACUCUGAAACGGCAGACUUUUUCACGGAUCCUCUUCCUUCCCGAAUUAUUUUCAACUUCCUGGUAACUGGUCCGGGAAGGAAUGAAAUGAUGACUGGAGAAGAAUUGAUGAACAAGCAACUCAUUCGAGCAAUAAUGCUUCAAUCUAACUCACAAUGCCUCAUCCAGGCCAUCUUGCAUGACUGAAUGCAAUACUGUUUAUUUGAUUUGAAUUUGUAUUCUUUACCUAAGGA